UAUAGUAGAUGUUGAGUCCCCUUAAUUUCGUUCAUAAAGUUCAUAUCAUAUACUCUAGAUAAUGACUAUAGAUGAGCAGUUUCUAAGGCUGCAAUCAUUGAAAAUGAAAAUUCAAAUAUCUGAUCUUUUAAACCUCUAAAGUCCAAUGUGUUCAAUUUUCUUGUUCAAGAUGUGGUGUGAAUGGUGUAGACAUCAAUAAUUAUUUUCCUAGUUUCCAACAUGUGUAUCUUGUGAGGGCCCUCUAGUUAGUACAGAUGAGUUUUGCAAUUAGCUGUUAAGAUUACUCCACACCACAUUUUAAAGACACCAGAAAAUGUUUGGCACUUUGCUAGAUUGAAUUCAAAAACAGCACACACACAGAGUAUUGUUAACUUUGUUUCAACAUUUUUAUCUAUUCAAGAUUGUGUUUUUAUGCUAUUUUUGGUCCUAAAUUACGGUCAUAUGUACAAGCGAAAAAUCAGUCUGACUUAUGCUCUCCGAAGAGUUAAGGUUUCAUCGUUUGAAUUUAGAUAGCUUUAAGACUCCAUACAUCCAGCAUUGUAUUCUUGAGAUGCCAAUAUCUGAUGUUUCGAGUGAUCUUACUAUAGAAGUCGGAUCAGCCAGUUUUGCUCUUCACAAGUUCCCUCUGGUUUCGCGAAGUGGAAGAAUUAGAAAGCUGCUGCUAGAGGCGAAGGAUACAAAGGUUUCAAGAAUCAAUCUUACUGGUCUUCCUGGCGGAUCUGAUGCAUUUGAACUUGCUGCAAAGUUCUGCUAUGGAGUGAACGUUGAGAUUACCAUAUCAAACGUGGCGUUACUCAGAUGUGCAACCAGGUUCAUGGAAAUGACAGAAGAUAUCUCCGAGAAAAACCUGGAAAUUCGUACUGAGGUAUUCCUUAAGGAUGCAGUAUUUCCAAACAUAUCCAACUCGAUAUCUGUUCUUCAUCACUGUGAAACAUUACUACCGGUAUCUGAAGAAGUCAAUCUUGUUAGCCGGUUAAUUAACGCAAUUGCAAACAAUGCCUGUAAAGAGCAGCUAACAUCUGGUUUGUCAAAGCUAGAGUAUAAUUUUCCACCCAAACCAGUUCAAUGCGUUGAUUCUGAGACACCAUCAGACUGGUGGGGAAAAUCACUCGCGAUGCUAAAUCUGGAUUUCUUUCAGAGAGUUCUGUCGGCAGUAAAAACAAAAGGUCUUAAACAAGACAUUAUCAGCAAAAUUUUGAUAAAUUAUGCCCAAAAUUCUCUUCAGGGCUUGUUUAUCAAGGACCCUCAGUUGGUUAAAGGAAGUUUCUUGGAUUUGGAUUUGCAGAAAAGACAAAGGAUCAUCGUCGAAACAAUAGCUGGCUUACUACCAACACAAUCCAGGAAAAGCACAGUGCCAAUGGCUUUUCUUUCAAGCUUGUUAAAAUCUGCAAUAGUAGCAUCAGCAUCGACUUCCUGCAGGUCUGAUCUAGAGAGGCGCAUUGGUCUGCAGCUAGAUCAAGCAAUUCUUGAAGAUAUUCUCAUACCUGCAAAUCCUCAUGGAAACAACCACAGCCCUCUCUAUGACAUAGAUUCUAUCUUGAGGAUCUUUUCUUUUUUCUUGAAUUUGGAUGAGGAUGAUGAAGAGGAUAAUCCACUGCGAGAUGAAAGUGAAAUGGUUUACGACUUUGAUAGUCCUGGAUCUCCCAAACAUAGCUCAAUCGUUAAGGUGUCAAAAUUAUUGGACAAUUAUUUGGCAGAAGUUGCACUAGAUCCGAACCUAACACCAUCGAAGUAUAUAGCACUGGCAGAGUUACUUCCAGACCAUGCACGUCUAGUUUAUGAUGGAUUAUAUCGAGCUGUAGAUAUUUUCCUCAAGGUUCAUCCCAACAUUAAGGACUCUGAACGCUAUAGACUCUGUAAAACUAUUGACUGCCAGAAACUAUCGCAAGAAGCUUGCAGUCACGCAGCUCAAAAUGAACGUUUGCCUGUGCAAAUGGCAGUCCAAGUGCUAUACUUUGAACAAAUCAGACUGAGAAAUGCGAUGAAUGGGGGGCAUAAUCAGUUCUUUGGAAUGAAUAAUCAGUUCCCUCAGCGUUCAGGCAGUGGAGCGGGAAGCGGAUGUAUAUCUCCUAGAGAUAACUACGCAUCAGUCAGGAGAGAAAAUAGAGAACUGAAGCUCGAGGUUGCAAGAAUGAGAAUGAGGCUUACAGAUUUAGAAAAAGAUCACGUCUCCAUGAAACAGGAGCUAGUAAAGUCACAUCCUGCCAAUAAGUUGUUCAAGUCAUUCACCAAGAAAUUAAGCAAGCUCAAUGCACUAUUCCGAAUAAGAGAUUUUAAGCCUAUAGGGGGGAAAGCUAACUCAGAAAGUCGAUUACUCUUUCAGAAGAGAAGGCGUCAUUCAGUUUCUUGAUGUUGUACUCUAGUGUGAAUAAGAAAGAGUAUAUAGUGUUUCAUAGUGCUAAGUUUGAUGGAUGUUGAUGUGUUGAGUGAAGUUCUUUCUUGCAUAUUGUCUUUUGAUUGUAACCUUGAAAGAAGAUACUCACUCAAACUUCUACUUUAAAGGUACAUAAACAAGUGUGAGUUUUUUUUAUAGCUUCA